UUAGCUCUAUACUAUUUCCUCUUUUUGUCAUGCGUCCAUGACAACAGCUUCACAGGCAGGUGCGCGGAGCCAAGUGGACAGUUCGUUAGCCUCAGGAAAAUCAUUUGGUAAGAUCAUACAGCCUCCAAAAUGCCAAAGGGACGAGGAAGAAAGGACAGUGACAGUGAUGCUGCCACAGAUGAUCAAGGAACUGUUGGGACUUUUGAAACGCUUCGGGAUGAGGGUGAACAUUUUGUUCAUGUUCAACAAUAUGUUAAAGCCAUAGAAAGCUUUUCAAAGGCCCUUGAGAUGAAACCAGAAGACAAAACAUGUCUUGUUGUUCGAGCCAAGUGUCACUUGAUGCUUGGAAAUUCAGAGAAAGCUCUAGAGGAUGCCAAUACUGCCCUGGAUCAAGAUGAAGAUGGGAAAAGAGAUAUUCGAGCUCUCAACAUGAAGGCAGAAGCACUGUAUCAGAAAGGAGACUUUGAAACUGCCCUUGUCUUUUAUCACAGGGGUAACAAACUAAGACCUGAGCUGCAAGAGUUCCGUCUUGGUAUUCAGAAGUGUCAGGAAGCAAUUGAUAAUAGUAUUGGGAGUCCAUCUUCAGUCCAUUUGGAGGCAUCAGGAGAUUUGUCUUAUUUCUACAAGGAUGAAGAGAAACAGAAACAACAGCAGAAAGGUUACACGAAAGUAAGCCAAGCUCAAAAGAAAGAAGAAAGGAAGGAAAGACAGAAGCCGCAAGAUGGUAGCAAUACAAAGACAACCAAAGAGCUUCUGGGACAACUGUAUAGAGAUAAGGAAUACCUGGAAAAGCUCUUUGACAGUUUGUCCCACAGCAGCACUCAGACUGACUCCUAUAUCAAAGGGCGUGCUUGUGAUGGUUUGGAGUAUCUUACGGUCAGGUCAGACUUUUGGAGACAGCAGAAGCCGAUGUACGCUCGCAAGCGAGAUCGCCAGGCCCGCUCCGCUCAUUCUGCGGGACCAAGAGAUCCAAUGAAAUACGUGCUGCAAAAACUUGUUGAGAUUGAUGAAGCUCAAGCUGAAGGCAAAUAUGAAGAAAGCUUAGAAAAGUCAAAGAAAACCCUGAAACGAGUGGAAGAAACAUCUGAAGACUCGCUGAAAAACAAGCCUGAUGUCAUGGCAAAUCUCUACAGCUGCAUGGGUAAUGCAUAUCUGGAAAUGAACAUGUAUGCAGAUGCUCUUAGCUGUCACAAAAAGGACCUCAGUAUUGCAAAGGAUAACAAUCUUGAGGAGGCAGAAUCAAGAGCUUUAGAUAACCUGGGAAGAACUUGUGCAAAAAUGGGUGACUUUGGAGAAGCCAUUGAAAUCUGGAAGAAGAAACUCCCCAAGAGUAAAUCUCCCCUGGAGAGUACUUGGCUCUACCAUGAGAUUGGCAGAUGCCACCUUGAGCUUGGAGAGUACCAGGAUGCCAAAGACUAUGGAGAAAAAUCAUUGGCAGCUGCCAAAGAGGCAGAUGAUGCAGGAUGGCAGCUACAUGCAUGCGUACUUAUUGCUCAAUCAGAAGUUAAGUGUGGUGAGUUGGAAGCUGCCUCAGAGACUUUCACUCGUGCUUUAGAACUGGCAGAAGACCAAGAGGACCGAUCAGCUGAAUCAGCAAUCAAGAAGGCUUUGGAAGAGGUGAAUGACAGGCUUGUGAAAGGAGGCCAAGAGGAUGAUGAGCAGGACAAAGAAGAUGACCGACGCUCACCCGAUAGAGACAGAGAAUCUCCUGCUCCAAAAGGAUCUGAUAAAGAUAAAGAUGGGAAGAAGUCUUCCCCUCGUGCAGAUAGCCCUAAAGAUGAAAAGACGUACGAGGAUGACUUUGAUGCAGAGUCAGUUGUAGAUGAGGAGCUGGAAGAAAAUUCGAAAGGGAAAGACAAGAAAGCUGAGAGUGGGGAAGAGGAAUAUGACAAUGAUAAAGAGAAACCCAGUGCAGAAAAUGAAGAACAGCAGGUUGAGGAAAAAGAAAAUCCGGUUGCCAAAAACGAAGAACCAACAGUUGAUGAUACAGAGGAAGCUGAAACAGCAGUUGAGAGGGAAAGUGAGAAAGAUCUUCAAUUCACAAGAGAUGAAGACAAAGAGAAAACAGAAAGCGAUGAAAAUGAAACAGAGAAAAAUGAAAGCCAUGCGUAACCUGAAACAGUGACUGUAACAUUUGAAAAAUAUGGAGAUGAGACAAAAUUUGAUUUGGUUGAAAUUGUAUUAUUUCUGUUCAACUUGUGAAGAGAAGCCUGUACAAGACAUCGUAAAACAAAAACAAAUAACGUGAUAUGUGAAAAAAGCAGUUUUACAGCGGCACAAGACACUUAUUCUCUGGAUGAAAGUGUGGACUAAACAAGUGAUUAGCUUACGAAUAAGUCCCAAAUUGUACAUAUAUGUCUGUCAGAGCAGGAAUUUCUUUAAAGGAAUUCUAAAGAACAAUAACUGAAUGAUUGAAGAAGAUGUUCAUCUUAUAUUUAUGUUAAAUAACUUAGCCAACUGGUGUAUACAGCUGUGUUAUUUUUACCACACUACGCAAAAUAUGCUGAAAUUGAGUGAUUUUUGUUGAACCAGUGCUAUUUAAAGUAAUCUUAACUUUAAUGUAAGAUUAUUUACAGCAAUUUUGUUUUUAAGUAUCAUUUGAAAUUCUUGUUACCGCAAAGUUUUGUGUUCUUUGAUUGAAAGAGUUAAUGUUGCAUAUGACAAAAAACAUAUAGGCAGAAAAUAAUCAUUCCUUUUAUUGAGUAUAAGAUUUACAAGGUUUCUGACAAAAACAAUUUGUCAUAAAGGCUUUUCUCAACAGUUUUCGUCACAUUACUAUUAAAGCAAUUUCUUUUGCCUGCAAUUUUUACAACGUUGAACGUGUAUCUGAGGAGAUGCUUUUGUCUAGAAAUUAAUCAUAUAUAUAUAUAUAUAUAUGUGCUUUUAUGCUUUUAGUCCUUUUUUUUGUUGCAGAAUAUUUAAAAAUUAAUGCCCGUGAACCUGCAUUAAAAUUCUGACAUCAUUUUGAAUAUCAUAUACUACCGAGAGCAACUGAAUAAAUCUUUAAAUUAA